GGGAAAAUCAUUUCAUCUUUGACAGGAUUUCAAUUCUGAUCGUUAGUUUGUUUGUUGUUUCUCAUUUAUAAUUAAUUAAACAUUUUAAAUGUUUUUAAUUAAACACGCGAAAAGUGAGCAAACCAUUGGAUUAAAUUACUGGUUAACCUGAGAUUUCCUAUUGAUCAUCUUUACUUCAUUUUCUUCAUCUUCUUCUCAUUUAGAAUUUCUUGUUGAGGCAAAAAAAAAAGUUAACUGCAGAACAAUUAAUAAUUGAUACAUUUGCCAGUAAAUUGAGACAAAGGAAUAAAUUAAAUUUUCAUCACUUAAUCAACCAUAUACACCUACUUGUCCAUGUCAAGAAUGAUUCUAGACUCAUCCUAGAAGUUGAAUAAUCACCAAUGGUGCCAGUUAUUAUGUUAAUGUUGUUAUGCCAUUACAAUUAUCAUCUUCUGCUCUCUGGCUAAUAUAUUUUUUUGGUAUUCUACCAAUACAACUACCACAACCACUACCAUUACCAUCAUCACCAUCAACAGUACUACUAAACCACCCAAAGAAAAAGAUUUGUGAUCCAUCAACAUGCAAAUGGAAAAGGUAAAUGAUACUCGUGAUUUAGAGCAAGUGGGAGCUCGUCUCAUCGAGAAUGGAGCUUAUGCUCAGGAUAAGAUCGCCUCCAUGACCGCUCAAUUGAGUAGAUUAGCCUCUGAUUUUACCACCAGUUGGGAAGAGCGAACCACCAUACUCAAUUUAACUGCUACCUUUUAUCAACACGCUGAACAUUAUUUUAGAAAUGGUGAAACUUGGUCUCGACAAUGUGAAGGUCCUUGUUUUAUACCAAAUGAACUUAGGGAAUUGGAGGAAAAAGUUCAUCAAUCAAAGAAACUGCUUGAUGCAAUUAACCGAGCAUAUAAUGAUGUGAUCACCAGUAGUAAUAAACUAUGUUAUCAACUUAACCAUUUCAUUAGUUUCUGCUAUCAAUGUAAAUUUAAUCCUUCAUCAUCUUCAUCAACAACAACAGCAGCAACGGAUAACAAUUUUAUUUCAUCUUCAUCUUCAUCUUCAUCUACAUCAACCCCAUCACCUCCUUCAUCAUCCAGUAGACUUAGAAAUCCGAAAGCUGAUUACAAUGAGGCAACUAAACAUAUUCUCGCAGUAACUCAUCGUAUCACCUCACAUUAUCGUCGAAUAGAAUCUCUUUUAGAGUCUAAACGUCAAAGGUUACACCUUCGUUUCUCUUUGGCACUUUUUAAUGAUGAUGUGCGACAAGUAAUGGAUUGGAUUAGUACUUGUGGUGAGAGUAUGUUGACCAAAAAUUUUGGUAUUGGUAAAAAUUUGGAAACAGCUCAAGAAUUACAAAAGAAUCACCAACAAUUGGAAAAUUAUGCUCAAAAUACUUAUAAUAAUGUGGAAAAAUUGAGAAGAGCUGCCGUUGAAUUUGCUCGAACCGGUGAAUGUGAUCGUGAUGAAAUCUAUCGAAUACGUGAAGAGAUGGUUGAACAUUCAGAAAGAUUUAAACAGCGAAUUGAAAGACGUCGACGACAUUUAGAACUUGGAAUACGAUUUUUUGAGAAAGAAAAAGAUCUCAACCUUUACUUUGAGGAAUUGCAAAAUUAUUAUCGAGCAACAGAUAAACCAAUCGAAGCACCAAAAACCAUCGAAGCCUGUGAAAGUAAUUUAGACCAAAUUUUAGAGCAACGUGACAUUGUGGUGGCCACAGUUUUACCCGCCAUCAAUGAAGGAGAAACACUUUUACAAGAGUUACGAGUUCUACUCAAUUCUCCAGCAAGUGAUGGAGAUUCAGCUUAUGAAGGAAGCUCAUCCAAUUCAUCAUCUUCUUCAAAUUGUCAGAAUUCACCUUCUUCUCUUAAAUCAUCUAUCCAAGCAAUUGAAACUUCAUUAGAAAAUUUUAAACGUAUGGCCAAUACAAUUGAAGAAUUGUGGAAUAAUAGGAAAUUUAAGAUGGAAUUGUGUCUACAAUUAAGAUUAUUCGAAAAGGAUGUAGCCAAUGUAAUUAAUGAGAUACAAAUUUACAAAGAGGAAGUUCGAAGAAAAUACUCAGCUGAUAUUCUUUUCGAGGAUCUUCAUUGUGCCGAACGUGCUCUCCAAGAACAUAAUGAUCUAUUCAGUCGAGUUCAAAGGCUAUGUUAUGAUGCAUUUAGUAGAGGAGAAAAUCUAAUCCAGGUUUUUGAAUCAUGUUCCUCUUCAAUAAUGAUUCUUGCCGAUUGCGGUUUUGAUUUAGUUCCAUCAACUCAAAAUUCUCGUCGUAUCACCGCAUUACAAAUAACCCAAUUACUUUUAGAAUUGCUGAGAGAUAAAGAGAUGGACAUUGAAGAUGUCGCUGAAACAACUCGAGGUCAUCUCGAACAGCGUGUUCACCUUUGCCAAUUUGAAUCAGAAGCGAAACAAGUACUUAGCUGGAUAAAAAACGCUGAAUCAAUGUUAUCAGCCUCUUUCACGAUACCUCAGUCACUUACGGAAGCUGAAAAUCUCAGAACUGAACAUGAACAUUUUCAAGUAGCAAUUGAGGUAAGAAAAACAAAACAAAAAUUAUCAUUCCAUUUACCUGAAUCUCUACCAAUUAUUUAAUAAUCACAAUUAACAUCCGCUCAAUAUAAACACCUCG